AUGGAGAACAACCUUACUUCUACCUUAAACGGUCUGAAUUUUACUUUACAAGCUCUCAUCUCACAAAUUGGAUCACUGAAUACCUCUAACAAUCAACCAGCCAGCUCAAAUGCACUUCCUUCUCAACCUUUACACAACCCCAAAGGAGGAAUCAAUGCCAUUACUUUGAGGUCCGGGACUACACUGCAAGAGAGGAAUCAGGAGGAGCCAAUCCCACAAGAAUAUGCCCCAAUUGAGGACAUGGUUGAAGUGGAGGAUGUUGAAGAGGAAGAUAAAGUACAAGACAUGGUUGAGGAAGAAGCAACUCAACCAGAGAAUAGCGCAUCCAAGAUAACUGAAGCUACCAGAGAUGCCAUCCCUAUUCCAUUUCCACACCUUGCACAGAAGCCCAGAAAGCAGAUGGAACUUGACACAAAAAUGGAUAAGAUUAAUGAAUUAGGAACUAUUCCUUUAGGUAGUUCUAUAUCUGCUUUAAUGAGGGAUAUAACUGAAAAAUGUAGCGAUCCAGAUAAAAGCAUUAUUAUAGUGGUUGGAAUUGCUGAGGACGUGCUGGUGAGCAUUAAGGGGCUCACAUUUUCCAUUGACUUCUAUAUCUUGGAGAUGGCCCAAAAUGACUCAGGAAGGCCGUCAUCCAUCUUGCUCGGAAGACCAUUCCUGAAAACCUCAAAGUUCAAGCUGGAUGCAUUCUUAGGAACCUAUUCCUGUGAGAUAGACGGUCGAGCAGUGCGCUUCAACCUGACUGAAGUUAUGAAGCACCCUCUGGAAGACCAUUCCAUCUUCCAAUGCAACAUCAUUGAUGAGACCUUAGCUGCAGUUCACCAAGAAGAAGUAGCGGAAAGGCACAGGGAGUAA